AUUAUUCUUUACGACGAAUCCAGCCAGUAAAUUUCCGAAAAGUUGUUGACGAUGGACGAAACGAAUGCUCUUUUAAAAGAAGUGGAAUAUUGGACAAAAUUAAUCCAUGCUCAUAAACAGAAAGGGGGCACACAGUCAACAUACACCAGAGACAAGGCAUUCAACAGAAACAGAGGAAACAAAACAUGGAUCAACAGAAACAGACAGAUAGUGCCACCCCAGGGAGGCAGCAGAGAGAACCCCAGUGUAUCUACAGCACACCACCCUACCAAGUCCAGGACAGUGGUAGCACCUCAAAACACAUUCAAGUCCACGUCAUUUCAAGGAAAUAGUAUUGCCAGGAAAGUGAAUACUUUAGGAAAUGCAUUUUCUGAUAAAAGCAAACCAUCUGAGAAAGUGGUCAUUUCAAAGAAUGUAGUAAAGAACACCUCUCAUGAAAUUGAGCCUUCAGAAAGAGGUGGGGCCAAAAAACAGAUUUAUAAUUUUAAUACUCAGCCAGGUGCUAAUAUUUCUAAUGGUGCUAAUAGUAAGAGGGAAGUGAAGUAUAGUGCCACAGAAACAGUUACCACAGGUGCUCAAACUUCUAGCCAAAUACAUUCCAAAAGAACUGUCAAAUUACCACAGACUGUUAGCAAUACCAAUCCAGGGGCAUAUGUGAAGGAGACCGUUCCUGCAGGUAGUGCCUUUCUAAAGAAAGGUAAAUAUAGUUUAAUAAAGAAAACCCUCUCCACUACUGCCAAGAAGACAGAGCAUGGUUUGCUAUAUGAUAAAUCACUUGUUGAUGUCCGUCCAGGAAAUGCCCCUGUGAACGAUAAGAUUUCAGGAUUUUCCAACAUAACUUUCAAUAACCAAAACUCAGGAUUCAAUUAUGGUGCUGUAAAUCAAAAAACGAAAUCUCUGGAAGAUGCAGAUCUUAUAAUGUCUGACAACAAUGCCAAUACUCUCAAUGUAUCCUGCUCAAAGCCAUCUAAGAGGACAGUUGUGAACCCCAAGUACACAUGGGUGUCUGGGGAUACUCGAGCCAAGAGGUUAGGGAAUAGUGGAAAAAAGGUGGAAGGUCACACAACUAAACACUCGGCCAGUAAGCUAGGACACAAUCUCAAUAGAAGCCUUUCUAACAGUAGCUCUGGUAGUAACAGCAAGGAUUCCCCAGCACAGACUGUGGCCAGGGGUCUGGUGUCAAAGUAUAAGAAAAUCAACCCAGGAUACAAACCAAUAAAACAACUACAACAACCACACACUGGAAAAAUUCACCAGGCUCUUUUCUCUUCAAAACACAAGAAUCACUCAUCUCCAAGUAUAUCUGCCACAAGAGACAAUAGUCCAAGAGUAUCUAAGUACAAACUAAACAGAAAAAAUGAAAAGCCAAGUCAACAGGAAGUCCAACAUAUUCAAGGGAAUAAAUCCCUCAUUGUGAACAGGUCAUUGGUGGUAAAACGGAGUAAAUACUCCCUGGUCAAGACGAGGGUCACUGGUGGUCAGGGUAGUGGUAAGAAGCAGGGCCAACAGAGGAAAAUGUCAAAAUACAGCUGGACAAAUACAGGAGAAUUAAUCCAUGCUCAUAAACAGAAAGGGGGCACACAGUCAACAUACAGUACAGACAAGGCAUUCAACAGAAACAGAGGAAAUAAAACAUGGAUCAACAGAAACAGACAGAUAGUGCCACCCCAGGGAGGCAGCAUAGAGAACCCCAGUGUAUCCACAGCACACCACCCUACCAAGUCCAGGACAGUGGUAGCACCUCAAAACACAUUCAAGUCCACGUCAUUUCAAGGAAAUAGUAUUGCCAGGAAAGUGAAUACUUUAGGAAAUGCAUUUUCUGAUAAAAGCAAACCAUCUGAGAAAGUGGUCAUUUCAAAGAAUGUAGUAAAAAACACCUCUCAUGGAAGUGGCCCUUCAGAAAGAGGUGGUGCUAAAAAACAGAUUUAUGAUUUUAAUACUCAGCCAGGUGCUAAUAUUUCUAAUGGUGCUAAUAGUAAGAGGGAAGUGAAGUAUAGUGCCACAGAAACAGUUACCACAGGUGCUCAAACUUCUAGCCAAAUACAUUCCAAAAGAACUGUCAAAUUACCACAGACUGUUAGCAAUACCAAUCCAGGGGCAUAUGUGAAGGAGACCGUUCCUGCAGGUAGUGCCUUUCUAAAGAAAGGUAAAUAUAGUUUAAUAAAGAAAACCCUCUCCACUACUGCCAAGAAGACAGAGCAUGGUUUGCUAUAUGAUAAAUCACUUGUUGAUGUCCGUCCAGGAAAUACCCAUGUGAACGAUAAGAUUUCAGGAUUUUCCAACAUAACUUUCAAUAACCAAAACUCAGGAUUCAAUUAUGGUGCUGUAAAUCAAAAAACGAAAUCUCUGGAAGAUGCAGAUCUUAUAAUGUCUGACAACAAUGCCAAUACUCUCAAUGUAUCCUGCUCAAAGCCUUCUAAGAGGACAGUUGUGAACCCCAAGUACACAUGGGUGUCUGGGGAUACUCGAGCCAAGAGGUUAGGGAAUAGUGGAAAAAAGGUGGAAGGUCACACAACUAAACACUCGGCCAGUAAGCUAGGACACAGUCUCAAUAGAAGCCUUUCUAACAGUAGCUCUGGUAGUAACAGCAAGGAUUCCCCAGCACAGACUGUGGCCAGGGGACUGGUGUCAAAGUAUAAGAAAAUCAACCCAGGAUACAAACCAAUAAAACAACUACAACAACCACACACUGGAAAAAUUCACCAGGCUCUUUUCUCUUCAAAACACAAGAAUCACUCAUCUCCAAGUAUAUCUGCCUCAAGAGACAAUAGUCCAAGAGUAUCUAAGUACAAACUAAACAGAAAAAAUGAAAAACCAAGUCAACAGCAAGUCCAACAUAUUCAGGGGAAUAAAUCCUUCAAUGUGAACAGGUCAUUGGUGGUAAAACGGAGUAAAUACUCUCUGGUCAAGACGAGGGUCACUGGUGGUCAGGGUAGUGGUAAGAAGCAGGGCCAACAGAGGAAAAUGUCAAAAUACAGCUGGACAAAUACAGGAGGAGAUGAUUGUGUUGUGAGCAUCAACAAUAUCUUAGGGAGAAAAGUGAAGAAUCUCAGUAAAAACCGAUACAAGUUCAUACAAGCUCAGACUUUCCCCAAGCUAACACAGAGGUUUAUGUACAGACAGCUGACACAUGGGGCAGCAAGAAGUCCUCAGAAAUCACAGUUAAAGCUGGACCACAGACACCCUCCAAAGAAAUCUUCUGAUGUUGCCAGCAGGUUCCAGGGAAGUCAGAGAUUGGUAGUGAUAGGUGGAUUAGUCUACAGAUCAUCCAGGACUAGACUAAAUAAGACUAGCUCUGUAGACUCUACUACUACAAAACAGCACAGAAACCCAUGCAUUGUCAAAAGAUUGAAUACCAGAAAGAUGAAGACCAUCACAGUGAGGGGAGAGAAAUUCAACAUGGAUCCCAGUGGAAAAACUCUACACAGAAUUGACUUAAAUGCAACGGCCUCACCAAAGAAAGGAGACUCGAGGCCCAGGAAGACCAGUGUCAAGAGAGUGGACAUUGGGGGAGUGACCUACGUCCAGACCAGGCCAGGUACAUUGGUCAGAGCUGGGAACUCCCAGAACAGGAAGAGAGCUAGCAAUGUACUCCACAAGAGCAUCACCACAGCUGUACAGUGCAAGUACAAAAAGCAGAGACAGCAGUACUGCUUGUUCUACAACAGAUUUGGGAAGUGUAAACGAGGUCACAAAUGUCCAUUUGCUCAUGACCCAGAUAAAAUAGCCAUUUGCACCAGAUUUCUGAGAGGUACCUGCAAGGGAGAGAACUGCCCAUUUUCCCACCAAGUUCUUAAAGAGAAGAUGCCAGUGUGUUCUUUUUUCCUUCGCGGUGUGUGUAACAAAGACGAUUGCCCUUAUCUCCAUGUGAACGUAAGCAGGGACGCUGCAGUGUGCGAGGAUUUCCUGCAUGGGUACUGCUCCCUGGGAGAAAAAUGUAAGAAAAAGCAUACUCUACAGUGCCCAGAAUUUACUGCCACUGGGAAAUGCCCCAGAGGCAAGAAAUGUAAGAUGCAGCACCACAAGAGGGCACCAUAUACUCAAGAUAAGCUAGGUGGUAAUAUAGAAUGUCAGCACCAGAGGGCAGCAGGUGCCAAAAGAAAGAUGAUGGAGGUGGCAACCGUGCAGCAUAGCACUCCUAUAGCAAAACCUGAGGCAGAGAGUGCUUUAUCUGGUUUGACUGCCAGCAGCUCAACAAAUGAAGAUAGUGAGGAUGAUAAAGAUUUCUCGUUCAAGAGGAGGAGGAAGAAGAGGAAUGUGGACACUCCAGCAUCUCUGCCAUCUUUUAUAUCCCUUCAUUCUGACACCAGCCUGGCAGAGGGGGAGGAGGGGAACAUGUUGACCACUGAUGGUGAGCAAACUGAGAAAGCGCCACUGAAGAUUAAACCAAGGUUUUCAGAUGUUGGAUUGGAUUAGAGAGAAUAAAAUAUGAAUGAAAAAAAAAAAACUAAUUAAUGUUGUAUGCAUACCCUCUGAGGGUAUGUUAGCAAGGUAAGUAGAAGGGAUCACAAAGAUAUCCAAGUGUACAGGAUAAAUACCAAGAGGAUUUAAACCGUACUUACUCAAACAGUUAAUUUAACAAGUAAGAUUAAAAUCAGUUGGUUGACAAUGUACUACAUCGAUUUUAAGAACAAAAUUAUGGAAAUAAUAGUAAGAUUGCUAAUGUAGUAAUUUUGAGAAAAAUAAGCCACAGUCUGCCAUUUUCUGUUGUUUAUUAAAGAUCUUUUUGGCACAGAAAUUUGGUGCUUGAUUAACUUUUGAUGGUUGUGGAAUAUCGAUAUCCUUUGAAGUAAAUGCAGUAGUGUUGUUGCUGGAGACAAUUUGCAAUUUAUUUCUGUACAUCUGUUUUGAAAUAAAAUUAUUU